CAGAUUGCAGUGCGACCUGGCCUUGGUCUAUAUAAAUAUGUAGCCCCGCCGCAACCACGGAGCCCCUUACUCGCAGAAACCCUAGCAGAUCGCUCGAGCCCUCCGCCGCCGCCGCGACUUCAGCUCUCUCCUUCCUUCUCCGAUCCAAGAUGAAGUUCAUUGCUGCCUAUCUGCUUGCUUACCUCUCUGGCAACGCCAGCCCCUCUGCAGAGGACCUGACAUCCAUUCUUGAGUCAGUUGGUUGUGAAAUUGACAAUGAGAAGAUGGAACUCAUGCUGUCCCAAGUGAAGGGCAAGGACAUCACCGAGCUCUUGGCUGCUGGUAGGGAGAAGUUUGCUGCGGUUCCAUCUGGUGGUGGUGGUGUGGCUGUUUCAGCUGCUGCCCCUGCUGCUGGAGGUGCUGCUGCCCCUGCAGCUGAGUCAAAGAAAGAAGAGAAGGUCGUGGAGAAGGAAGAGAGUGAUGAUGACAUGGGCUUCAGUCUGUUCGACUAAGUUGUGGGGCAUCUUGUGUCUGAAGUAUCUAUCCUUGGCCAGGAAACUAGAGUCAAUGAUGUUUUAGCCUUUAUUUAGCUGAGUUGUGAAACGCUGGCAAGACAAUGUUUUGAUAUGUAAUUCAGCCCCUGGUUGCUGGUUGAUUUACUGGUGAACCAUACCUUUGCUAUCCAAUUUUGGUGCUUUAACAAUGUUUUGAUA